CCUGGAGCAAAGAGUCAGGAGCAGUUCAGAGAGAUCGAUCCAGUUCUCCCUGUUACCCCAGUUGAUAGCAGACCUUCAUCGGAAUCUGGACUGGGGUAAAAGGCUAGCGAAUGGGCGCGCUGCGGCAUUACCUGGUCUAAGUUAGGAGAAGGAAAAGUUUGCACCGCGCGCGCCGGUCCACGAACUGGACCUUUAAUUCUCAAGGCACAUCAAGAGAUUCGGACUUCAUCCAUGGCGUAGCUACAAUGAAAGAGGGGAUGAUUGCUUCGUUGAUGCUUUGUAUUUUACUGUUCCUGGCCCCAGCUCUCAGAAAUCAAGGGACUGUCGCCGCUUCUGGGGAUGACAGAGUCAACAUCACCAAAAUUCUCAACGCAUUCUUUGACCAGGGCUAUGACAAGCGGGUCAGACCGAAUUACGGAGGUCCGCCGGUGAUAGUGAGCGUCACGAUGUUCAUCCUCAGCAUCAGUUCUGUAUCAGAGGUGCUAAUGGAUUUUACACUUGAUUUCUAUUUUCGUCAAGCUUGGACUGAUGACCGGCUUUCGUUUACCCCAAGGACGGGAUUCGAGAGCUUGACGGUAGGCGCCGAGGUCGCUGAUCGAAUUUGGGUCCCAGAUACCUUUUUUGUAAACGAGAAGAGCGCCUAUUUCCACAAAGCUACAACACAAAAUACCUUCCUCCGUAUCUCCGCGGGCGGCGAAGUUUUCAGAAGCAUUAGAUUGACUGUAACUGCCGGGUGUCCUAUGGAUUUACAAUAUUUUCCCAUGGACAGACAAGUGUGUUUUCUCGAAAUUGAAAGUUUCGGGUACACAAUGAGAGACAUAAGGUAUAAGUGGGGAGACGGAGAGAAAUCAAUUGGAAUGUCGACAGAUGUCGAAUUACCCCAAUUCAAAGUCUUAGGCCAUCGUCAAGACCAAAAAGAAGAGCACCUCUCGACAGGUAAUUACUCCAGAUUAGUUUGUGAAAUUCAAUUCGUGCGGAGCAUGGGCUACUACUUAAUUCAAAUUUACAUCCCAGCUGGGCUCAUAGUAAUCAUCUCUUGGGUGUCUUUCUGGCUUCACAGAAACGCAACGCCGGCUCGAGUAGCUCUGGGGGUCACCACAGUGCUCACAAUGACCACCCUAAUGUCCAGUACCAACUCCGCCUUACCCAAAAUCUCAUAUGUCAAAAGUAUUGACGUCUACUUAGGAACCUGCUUCGUGAUGGUGUUUGCCUCCCUACUAGAAUAUGCAACAGUUGGAUACCUCGGCAAGAGGAUAAGUAUGAGAAAGGCGAGAAAUCAGCAGAUGGCUAAGAUGGCUCAAGAACACCGACAACGGUGUGUGGCGGCAGCCGCGGCUGCGGAGGGGACCGAAAGGUGCCCCCCUCCGGAGGCGGUUCUUCUGCCAGGAAAUGCUGAAGUCACAAUGGUCAAGUCGGCCGUGCGAGGACAGCCGUAUGAUCCACGAACGAAGUUUCCAGACCCAAGAAUACCGAUGAGGCCUGCUAUAGUCGAAAACUUGCACAAAAACCCUUCAGAGAUGGAAGCAGGAGCGCCCAAGCUACCAGAGGGUUUAUUUGGCAUUCUCCCCAGCGACAUUGACAAAUAUUCCCGUCUGGUGUUUCCAGUGAUUUUCAUCUCGUUUAACCUAACCUAUUGGAUUAUCUAUUUACACAUCAGCGAUACUUUAGGAGAGGAUAACCUUGCGCUGUCUUAACUUGUCAAAAAUAAUUAUGCAUGAAUUUGCAAAAAGUACAUCGAUAAUAUUUAGACCUAGUCGUUACCAUCCCGAUUAACAAACAGAAAUGCUCACACAGUAAAAAAUUCAAUUAAGAUUUAGGCAAUUAUUGAUGUAAGUUGAUACGAAAUUCUAUCACAAUACCUGAUCACGAAAUAGAGUACAUGAAUUCGUCGAUUUAAUACUGCACGCGUUGAAUAUUGUUAGCACAACCGAAUUCGGCACAAAGCUCAACUAUUAAGUUUUGAUUUAGCCCAACACAGCACAAAAAGUUACAUUUAAUAUUUCAAGAAUAUUUCAAGAAUAUUUCCGUAUUUUAUAUCUACAAUAUAGCCUUACUAUGAAACAUCAGCAUACAACACAAAAAGCAAACUGGAUAUUCAUGGUAAAGUGCAAUUGAUAAUUCCCUUUAAGUUUCAAACAUCGUGAAAGGCUCAUUUCAAAUAUUACUUAUAUUUUUAUCAUCAUAAAUACCUUGAACAACAAGAAUUUCAGCGGGAAUUUAUUACAAACAGAAAUUGAUUAAAAACGAAAAAUAUUACCACCAUUAUUUUAUUGUGCCUCAGAACAUUAGAAUUCAAAAAAGCAGUUCAUGUUUUUCUCACAACGAGCAUUACAUAUGCUUUCAGAAAUGUUUUUGUUUUGUAAUCUUUGAAAUAUAGCCUUUUCUUCGCAAAUGAAAUAUUUCUGGGGUUGUAAUCUCUAAGAUAAUAUAUAAGGUUACACAUAUAAACUUUUUGAGUCUUUUUACAUCAUUUAUAUUUCGUUGAUUGAGUGAGAUACAAGUAGAAAUUACAAAAUAAUUAUAAUCUUUUCACUAAAUAACACUGUCUGUUUACUAACCUUUGGAAUAAUAAGUCGAUAUUACAAGAACCUAUGUUGCAGUUUGACCGGAACACACAGUAAGAGUUACUCUCAUAGCCAUAAGAAUUAGAUAUAUAAGUUCUUUAGUUAUGAGGGAAAUGAACAUCGCAAGCAAUAGUUAUUAUUUAAACUAGGAAAUUGGUAAAUUCGUCGACCUGGAAAAAAAAGCACCAGUGAAUAUUCAGAUUAUCAACGUUUGAAACAUUUAUGGAAUGUUUCCGAAAUCUAUUUAAUGACAAGACGGUUUCUAUCAUUGCAACGAUAUUUUUUAGAAACAUUAUUGCACACACAAUGUUUGGAAAAAAAUUUAAUAUUGAACAUCUCAUUACAGUACUUUAGAAUAUAUGGUAGAUUUAACAGGUUAUGUUACAAUGUAACCGGAACUAGCAGAAAGAAGAAUUACUUCCGUAGUAGUACAAGUACUGAAACCAGUUAUAAGUAAGGUGGAAAAUGAAUAUUGUCAAGCAAAACCAAAAUUACAAAAAACUUUCAGUAGCUACGGUUAUAAGGCCUCAUAUAAAAUUGCCUUUUGCGGCAAUUUUCAUUAGAAAAAAAAGCUUCACUAAAGACAGACAUGAUCAACAUUUGAAACGUUUUUGAAAUGUUUCCAUAAUUUAUUUGAUGAGAUUACAGUUUCCAUCGUCACAAAUAUACAAUUUUAGAAAAGUAAUGCAAACAUUUCACCGUGUUAGAAAGUAAAAAUAUUCUGUAAGGUUUUUGAACGUUUAAAAGAUUUUAAAGAAAUAUUUCUGAAAUACGAAUUGUACUUUUUGUGUUGUGUGAAAACGUACAGAUAAUUUUUGCAUGUUAUAUCUACAUUAUUCAAAAUACUAACUUGUUUUAAAUUAACCAGUGCAUGGUUUGUUGAGGUAUCUGUUAGGAAAAAAAAGCAUUCAAACUUUUAAAAUGUUAGAAAAUAACACAGAAAAUCAGAAUCCUUUCACCACUUACAUUUACACCUAGUAAAUACCAAAAAAAGUAAUUUGUGCGAAAUUUAAUUAACUGAAAAUAGUGGGUUUAAUAAACCAUAAUAUCACAUGCAAACGCUAAAAAUUUAUAAUUUAUACAUUUAAAAAUAUUAAUUUAGAUUAAAGGUCUAAGAUAUAGUUAGGGAACAGAUGGUGGAAAAAAGUGCAUAUUAAUAUAUUAUAUAUCGCAAUAUGUAUAGUGAGGGGUAUGCAAGUAUAAAAAUCCAAAAAUCUGUUCCUGCACUAUAAAGCAGUUUGCUUAAUAACGUGAUUUAUUAAACUAUAGUGGUUUUAUGCACCCAAAAUUCUGGAUUUUUCUUCUUCAUUUUUUUAUAUUAGUUCAAUUAAAAAUAUCUCCAUAACAUAAGCUGUGCUAAAUGUUACAAAAUAAAACAUAAUAUAAAAUAUUGUAUCAACGAAGAGCUAAUUAAUAAUCCCCUGAUAAAUAUAUCAGGUAAUCUAGUAUUAAAUGUGCCAAAUAAUUAUUAAAAAGCUCAUUUAAUAUUAUUUUUAAAUAUUGCACUAUUUAAGAUAUUCGUGCAAUUAUGACAUUUUAAAUAUUCUAUAAGAUGUUUACAUUUAAUGUUGUGAAUCAAAUCCAAUUAAGUUUUGUGAAUAACUUAUGUACAACAUGCACUUCUAUUUUUAAAAAAAUGUGAAAAUUAAAAAAAAGAGGUAACAUGAUGCAUUACUUGAUCCAAUGCAUUAAAUAAAGAAAAAGAGUCAAACCGUUCACAAAUUUAAAUAUUUACUCGAAUUAUUUACGGAGAUAUCCAAAUUAUUAAAAUUUUUCAAGUAUAAUCGAAAUUUCCUUUACGAAUAUUACGAAUUGAAAUUUAAAACAAAAAGUUAUGCAGACUUAAAGAUUAAUGUAAGAUAAUCUAAAAUUUAAGUGGGAAUACCACAGUGAUAUUUUCUAAAAUUUGCUUUGCUUUUAUAAUUAAGAUUAUUAGUACAUAAUUAUUCAAUAAAAAGCAGAAUGGAGAACUCUGUUCUUAAACUAUGUGUUUAAAGAUUGAUACAAAUUAAGGAGAUAAGGGCUUUUUACAUUGAUGUGCGUAUGGAUGAAAUAAAUUUUCGCAAAUUUUAAAUGAUGUUUUAAUUUUUAACCGAUUCAACUACAUAUUUAAUGGCAUAUAUAUAGUUAAUGCAAUUUCUGAUAAAUGUAAAAUUUUCAUUACAUUUAUAAUAAAGUUAAUUUUAAUAAAGUAAAUUUUCGAAGGAAAUGCCUUACAAUCUAAUUUUAACAUUUAAUUAUUCAAACUAUAACCUCAAUUUUAGAAAAAAAAAUCAAAAAAUUAAAAGAAAAAAAUGCAUGAUGUUAAGUUUUUAAAUAAAUUGGGGGGAAAAUAUAAGAAAAAAAGAAUAAACUUAAUGAAUAUGAAAGAUUUUAUUUCCGGAAACACUGAAUAAAAUUUGCAGUCGUAUGCGCUUUGUGGUGAUACAAAAACCAAUGUAUCUUCCACUUUUGAAUGAGUUAAAACUAAUACUUUGGGUUCAAAGUUCUCAAAUGUGUGCAAUGUUUAUAAAAAUAUUAAAAAAAUAAAUUUUUCAAAAAAUUUUGCAGAAUUA